AGAGGUGGGGAAGGCUGAGGAUGGGGUACCGGGGGUGGGGGAGAUGGGGAACUUUGGGAUCAGGGGCCUGGGAAAUUGGGGGCACCCAGGAGAUGUAGAGAAAGGGAGCACCCAGGUGGUGGAGACACCCCGUGAGGGGAGGCGUCUGUAGGUGGGGGGAGACGGGGCACCCCGUAGCGAUACCUUGGGGGCUGAGGAGGGCCGGGGUACCGAGGCAGAGGUGGCAGCAGGGGCCAGGGCAGGAUGGGCUACGUGGGCGUGCAACGGGCCGAGGGAGAACUGGAUGCUGGGGGAGCAGGGUGUCCCAGAGGAGCUGGAGGUGAUGGAGCUGGCGCCCCGUGGCCCCGGCGCAGCCGUCCCUCCGGGGACAGUGAGGGGUGCCGGGCGCUCGGCUCGGCCACCCGAGAGGUCCCCCUGCACGGCCCCCGGCUGCUCGCCGAGGCUCGGGUGUCCUUGGGCUUGGCCGGCCCUGGCAUCCUGCUGACGCAGCCUGGAGCCCGCCGGGGACGGCUUGCUAAAGAUAGCCCCCUGGCCGGCCUGGCCAGGGCUGACUCGGCAGCGGGCGCCUGGCACCCCACUCAGCCCAGCCCCGUAGCCCACGGGGCGCACGUGCUGGCCCGGGGCAGGAAUACCUCCAGCUUUGGAGUGGGGCUGGCUGCCCCCGGCCCAGAUUACCAGUCUGGGUAAUCCCAGCUCGCUGGUGAGGCACCAGCCCUGGCACUGGGAGCAAUUUGGGUGUGCUGAGAAGCUGCUGGGCCGCAGCCAGGGCUGAGGCUUGACUGACAGCAGAGGUGGCGUGGGGAAGGCGUCAGCUGCUUAGUGCCCGCGCCAGCGUGGGGGCAGCAGGGCCCCUGCCCCGUCCAGCCUAGUGCCACCCGGACUCUCUCCCCCCCCCCCGCCCCCGCACAGGUUCCUGGGCUGGACGCAAGACCGAAGAUGGGGAGCGAUCUGGGGUGCUGGCUCCCGCUCAAGGCUGUGCUGGCUCUGCUCCUGGGGGCCACCUUACUUGGGGCAACAGCAGGCAGGAUGGAGGAUGGGCAGGAAGGCUUCUGGAGGCAGGAGGCCGUCGCCGGUGACUUCCUCUCGCGGCUGGGCCGAGCUGUGAGGGAGACCCUAGAGACCUGGGUGGGCCGCGAGCCCCUGCAGCUGGUGGUGGAGAGCCUCUCCACUGUGCUCUGGACUGUGUCCUCGGGCAUCUCCGUGGCUCUGACCACACUCUGCAAGAUCCUGGGAGACAUCCUGACUGCCUUUGGCCUGAAUGGGGACAUCCUGGUGCAGAGCGUGAGCCUGGGCCCUGGCGAGGUGCAGAAGCUGCUGCUGUGGGGCCUGGCCAUGCUGGUGAGCUGCUGGCUGCUGUCGCGGCUGCUGGGGCUGGUGCUGGACCUCCUGGAGUACGCGCUGUGGUGGGUGAAGCUGUGCUGCUUCCUGCGAGCCUUCUCCUACAUUGUGGCCUCCCAGGAGAACCCCACGGUGCAGGCGGGGCUGUUGCUGGGGCUGUGGGUGCUCUACGCCCUGCUGGGGCGCCUGGCGGGGGCGCACGGUCCCAGUGCAGAGCUGGAGGCCACCGUGCGCAGCCUCGAGUGGAAGGUGGAGGAGCUGGGACGGCGGCAGAAGUGGGGGGGUCCCCGGAACCGGGAGGAGUGAGCUGGUGUCGGGGAGGGGGGGCCAGGGCACGGCCCACCCCGCUGCACCAUCGCCAGUGCAUCUUGGUUGCCUGGCCCCGGCCUGCCACCCGUGCCAGCACCCCCAGCACGCGUCCUGCCUGCUGUGCCCCCGCACCCCAUCUCUGCCCUCCCCACCAGUCCCCCCACUGUGGCGCGCCUCCCUUCCCGUUGCCACCACCCACCCGCUCCCCCGGUUGAGGCUGAGUUGGGGUGAACACCAGCCCAGGAGCCCCGUGUUGCAGUGAGGGGAACAGGGUGCCUGCUCCAUGCAGCACCCACAGAGCGGGGGACCUGCUCCCUACAUGCACUCCACAGUGUCUUAAUUCAAGCCAGCGAUGCCUUACGCAGCCUGCACCCGUGGAAGGAGGUGGGGGGGGGGUCUUGGUAUGGCCAUAGUGACCCCCUUUGCCCCCCAACUCCAAACCCAGCCCCACCAAAGAGGAAAGCGGGGGGGGGGGGCAUUUUGAUCCGCGGUGCAUUUGCCUAGUCUGGCAGUGGCGCCACGCGCCCGCCCAUGCCAAGCAUGCAGGCGUUGUGUCCAUCUGUCUGGGGAGCAGGUGUGGACGUGGCUCGGCAGGAGGGAGGGGAUUCGGCUUACCGAAUCCCACCGAAGGGUGGGAAGCUGCUUUGCUCCUCCAGGUGUCUGUUGGAGGGGGGUCUGCAGCCACGGGCCUCCCUUUGGGGAAAGCAGCCGUGAUUUCUCUCCUUUCCCCAAACUGGGGCUUGUGUUUGUGUGUGGGGGGAUGCCAAACUGCUGCCAUGCACCUCUUCUAGGAGAUGGCUGCCAAACCCUGCGUUGUCGGUUCUUGCUUUUUUAAGCUGCUUUUUAAACUAUUUUGAUACGGAGUACCAAAUAAACACUAUUUAAUCACA